GUGUGAGGUCUCGCCUCCGUCGCUGCAUUGACGGCCUCUUGAAUCCUUCGGAGGCGGCCAGACUGGAAACUGCGAUCCAGAGAGUGGGAGUCUGGCGCUGUCAGGUGAACUCAGAAGCAGAAACUCGUCUUCUAUUUUCUCCUGAAGAAUUUUGGUUUUGGAGUCUGCUGAACGGAUUUAAGAGUCACUCAGGACUUUCAAAAUCAAAGGCUCCUGCCUCAUCUUCACGAUGUUCUCAUCUUAUAGGUAGCACUCACUAACAUGGAGACGCCAGCUUUCACGAUCCUCCUGACAGUAUUCCUAUGGAUUCAAGAAGCCUCCGGGCAGCGCACGUGUCCACCCAUUCCUCCCAGGUUGCCGGAUUUCUCUGCGGAAUAUUCUCUCCCUUUCUUCCGAGCUGACAAACCGGUCCAGAACAUUGCAGUGACCGCAUACACCCCCCCACAGAUAUUUGUUGGACACCAAAAUGCAAUUGUAGCACUUAACGAUUCUAUGCAAAAAAUAUGGGAAGUGAAAACUGGACCCCUUGGGAGUCCUGACUGUGGGACUUGUCAUAUUUGUCACACAGAACCGGAUCCGAACGACCACGUGGACACGGACAACCAGGUUCUGCUUAUGGACCCUGCUGUGUUCCUACCAUACUUGUACAUGUGUGGAAGUACCCAGUACGGAAUCUGUUACUUUAUUGACAUUUCAUCUCCACAACCUGAGCCUAAAUGUUUGUACAGAGAGAAGCUAAACUUUAAGGAUAACUGUCCCGACUGCCUGGCCAGCCCCCUUGGUACCAAAGUUACUAUAGUUGAAUACGGUGCGACGUCUUAUUUUUUCAUAGCAGCCACGGUGAAUGAUAGGGUGGCACAGAACUACCCGAGGAGGUCAAUAUCAGUGGCGAGGCCGCUCUCCACUGAAGAUGGCUUUGACAUGGUCAUGAGUGGUCUGACAGUGCUCCCAGAACUUCGUCAGUCCUACGCCAUCGACUACAUCUACACUUUUUCCACUGAGGAGUAUGUGUACUUUCUGUCUCUGCAAAGGGAAAAUCCCUCCAACAGAAACUCCGCUUUUCAGACUCGUCUGGGACGAUUGCCCAUUUCCAUCCCAGAGGUGUGGAUGUACAGAGAGGUGGUCUUGGAGUGCCGCUACAACCCAAAACGCAGACGGAGACGAAGAGAGAAUCCCAAGGACAUUGUGUAUAAUGGGCUGCAGGCGGCACACUUCGGUCGAGCAGGCUUGGACUUGGCCCAAGAGCUGCGGGUGGACACCAAAGAAGACAUUCUGUAUGGGGUGUUUGCAGAGGUGAAUGAGCGCGGCGAGGCGAAGAAAAACUCGGCCUUUUGCGCCUUCCCUUUGUUGAAAGUCAACCAUGCUAUUGAGAUGGGCGUGGAGGCCUGCUGCAAGUCAGGUACAGAGCAGUUAUCCAGAGGCCUCUGCCACUACCAGCUGUGUGAAAACUGCCCACAUGAGAGCUCUUGGGAUAAUUACACAUGCAGCAAUAAGCCCACCCUGGUGUCAAAGCCCCACUACAGAGUCGAUCUGUUCAACAACAGAAUGAAAGGCGUCCUGUUUACGGCCGUGCUCGUCAACAUUAUUGGGAACCACACCAUUGGCCAUUUUGGUACAUCAGAUGGUAGAAUAAUGCAGGUCAUUCUCACACAAUACAAACCAAACUUUUUUUCCAACUUUUCAUUGGGAAACACUGAAGUUUCCAGGACAGCAACUGUGCACUCAGAGGAUUAUCUUCUCUUUGUGGCUGGUAAUAAGCUGUUCAAGGUGCCUACUGUGGGACCAGGAUGUGCACACCUCUGGACGUGCUCGCUUUGUCUAACAGCUCCAAGUUUCAUGAACUGUGGUUGGUGUUCAGGAAAAUGCUCCAGGAAGCAUGAAUGUGCUUCUCAUUGGAACAACUACUCCUGCACACCAGUUAUAACUGAGUUUUUCCCUCAAAUGGCACCGGCUGGUGGCGAGACAGAAGUGACCCUCUGUGGCUCAGAAUUUCGCUCUCUUUCGUCCGUCAUUGAUGAAAAAACUCAUGUCAUAACAGUGAGCUCAGGAGCUCCCUGUGCUCUUCUGCCUAAUCAGAAAAGUAGUGAAAAGCUAGUUUGCAAAAUUCUUAACCAAGCACCAAACCAGAACGUCAACAUCACUUUGGAGGUGCAUGAGGGUAAAGUUGAUGGCCCCUAUUCAAUUGAAGGCACAGCCCAGAUAUCUGGGCUCUCUUUUGUGGAGCCCCAGAUAAUGGAGAUCAGGCCUGACUAUGGACCUAUGUUUGGAGGAACCAAAGUUACUCUGCAAGGCAAAUAUCUGAAUUCUGGGACACAGCGACAGGUCUUUUUUGCUAACAAAAAAUGCAGCAUAUCAAGAGUUUUUGAGGAACCAGGAGGCUUAUCAUCCAUCGUCUGCCACACAGACGCCACAGAAAGUGUCGGUGAAGUGCCAGUAAAAGUUGUUAUUGACAGCUUUGAAGUGCAAGCUGCAGGAAAGUUCUUCUACAAGAAAAAUCCCGUCAUAACAUCAGUGAAGCCCCUCUGCAGCUUUCAAAGUGGCUCCAGACUAAUAAUAGAAGGUCAGAAUCUGGACUCAGUCCAUGAAGUGGUAGUUCAGUACACUCCAACUAAUCUCAUCAUACAGCCCCUUAAACAUGUCUGCGAUGGCACUAGAAAUGCCACAUCCAUGGAGUGUUGGACCCCUGGGUUCCCAGAGGAAAAGGUUUUGGAAAAGUUUGACACGGGAAAUAUCGCUCUUCACUUGGAUGGAAAAAGUCAAUCCUGGGAGGAAACAUUUUACUACUACCCAGACGCAGACGUCAUCCCCUUUGAAAACGAUGAAAAAGUUCUGCUUCUCAAACCGGGAGAGACAGAAGUUUCUCUGCAUCACAACAAGCUGAAUUCAGUGUAUCACUGUAUGAAGAUCAACAUGAGCAUUGGCGAGGAGUUCUGUGAUGUUAAGGUUCUGUCAAAUGAACUGACCUGCAGGAUCCCCAAAGGUGUGGUCAUUCCCAGCGAGGGCUUGCCUGUCAAGGUGACAGUCAAUGGAAUCAUUUUUGAAGUGGGAACAGUACACUAUGACACCAAUAGCAACCUGGUUAUCGUUGUGAGCAUCAUUCUGGGCAUCAUUGCUGCGUUGGCUCUGGGUGCUGUGCUGGCAUGUCUCGUAAUGACUCGUCUGAGAAAGAAAAAGAGAGCCAAAGAUGAGAAUGGUUCCUCAACAUUAGCGCGUAGUCGCUUUGGCAGCCAUCAUGACUCUGUUCCAACAGGUGACUAUCGGCAAGUUUUCUCCAGCCAAACUUCAGGCUCAGGAGGAAUGACCUUCCAAGGGUUAUUGUACGCUGCCAGCUAUGACCAUCUGGAUGUUCCAUUAAUGCACCGGGACAAUCUCUCCAUAGUUAGCUUGAGUACUGAUCUCUUGGAGGAGGUCAAAGAUGUGCUAAUUCCCGCAGAGAAGCUUCGAAUUGAAGACAGCAAAGUUAUCGGAAAAGGUCACUUUGGGACAGUGUACCAUGGAUACCUAAUCGAUAGCAAUAGGCAGGAGAUCCAUUGUGCUGUCAAGUCUCUAAACAGGAUAACCGAUUUGGAUGAGGUGCACCAGUUUCUCAGAGAGGGCAUCAUCAUGAAGGGUUUCCACCACACCAACAUACUCUCUCUGCUCGGAAUCAUGCUGCCCAACGAGGGGCUCCCACUGGUUGUUCUGCCCUAUAUGAAACAUGGAGACGUGCGUCAUUUUAUCCGGUCUGAGCAAAGGAACCCUACAGUGAAAGACCUGAUUGGGUUUGGACUUCAGGUUGCCAGAGGAAUGGAGUACUUGGCUGAAAAGAAGUUUGUCCACAGAGACCUGGCUGCACGAAACUGCAUGCUGGAUGAAACAUUUACAGUCAAGGUGGCUGACUUUGGCAUGGCAAGGGAUGUUUAUGAUAAAGAAUACUACAGCAUUCAGAAUCACAGUCGGGCAAAACUUCCAGUGAAGUGGAUGGCCAUCGAAAGCCUGCAAACACAGAAGUUCACAACCAAGUCAGAUGUAUGGUCAUACGGCAUCUUGAUGUGGGAGCUCUUAACCAGAGGUGCGAGCCCUUAUCCAGAUGUGGACCCUUAUGACAUCACGCACUACUUGUUGAAGGGACGUCGACUUCCUCAGCCACAGUAUUGCCCCAAUACACUGUAUUCAAUCAUGCUGACAUGUUGGGACCCUGUGCCUGAGAGUAGACCCUCCUUCCACAGCCUGGUGACUGAAGUUAACCAUAUACUUAGCUGUCUUGAAGGAGAACACUAUAUCAAUCUAGAGGUUAACUACGUGAACUUAGACCAGCCAAGGCCUUACCCCCCCAUGGCGGAGUCUGGAGACGAAGCUGAGGAAUCAGACUUGGACUCAUAAUCGUCAUUUGCCAGCUAAGUGCGACUACAAAUGGCGGAAUUCAGUCUAAGAUUCGAGCUGUGGGGCAUAAAGAUGACUGACGGAGCAAAGGCAAGGUACAGCCUGGAUAAUCUGCCCAUCCACAACAAGGAUUCACAUAAGAUUAUGAACCACACACACUCACAAAGGACAGUUUAAAGUCACUGAUGAGGAAGCUUGUUUUUAGGCUGUGGGAGGAAGCUAGAUAAAUUCCACACAAAUUUUAGGAGAACUUGGAAACUACAAACAGAAGGGACCCAUCUGGGAUUCUGGCUGUCAGUGCUAACCACCAUUCCACUGUGCAGCCCCAACAGCUCUCUUUCAUCAGACUUUUAUUUUUUAUAAGGUUACACUAAUAGGCCUAUUCAAUUCUUUUUUUAGGCCUUUGAAAGCAGGUGUUUUUUAAAUGUUGAUUUUUCUGCUCUCCCUCUAAAGUGGAGCCAUCUCUCAAGCUAAGUUUAAGUCCUUUUAUUUAAAAUGCUGUAUAUUUAAAUAUUUCUCUUUGGUAUUUCUAAAAACCUUUUAACCCAUGUCAUAGAAAAAAAAGUUCUUAAUUGAAAAUAAUAUUGAAAUAUCCCAAAUUUAAAAGAAAUCUAUAAUGUCUAUAAAUGUCACUGCUGGUGCAUUAGAGCCAGUUAACCAGAACCUUGGAUGGACACUGUGUAGCAAAACAGGAUUUUACUUCUGGGCUGACUUAUCUGUAUUUUGUUAGCCUGGCGACCCUGACUGGUCUGGGUGCCUCGGUGCUGUUAGUGCCUGACCAGGUCUCUCACAGGGCCGGGGGAUUGGGCUUGUCCCUGGGGACAGCUCUUUCUUGGCUCCUCUCUCUUAAUGUUGGGUAAGGGGGGAGGGGCCUGGGGAGUUGGCUCUUCUUACAGUGGGGCACAUGGUCUGGGGAGAUGGGCCCAAUGCGGUAGGGGGGUUGGAGGAUGGUUCAUUGGGGGUCAGUCUUGAAGCUGUCCCCGACUUAUCCUCCUUCCUCAUAUGAAGGGCUAUUCUUAUGGCUGGGAUAAAGCUCGCACCCUCUGUGCUCGUGUGCACCCCUGCUCUCUGGUGUUGGGCACCCCUGUGGUUGCCCAACAAUGAUAAACCUCUACUAUGUUUUUUUGCUUUUUGAUUCAACCCCCCAAUCAGCACAAAAGAAGUUUAGCCUUAAAAUAUAAAAGGGGUUUAUACAAAUAUACACCUCAUGUGUCAGAAGAUCCAUAACCCCCUACUGUAAUAGUAGAAGAGGCCUUCAGCUGUUGGACAGGACAAGUUAGAAAGAAAAAGAAAGAGCAAUUUGAGUGCAGAAACAGCCUUAAGAUGAAGCAAAAACAUGCUGUAGAUUCAGUUUCUGUCCCACGGAGUCCAUUCUGUUGUUUUCUUAGCCCAUUCGUGGUUCUUCAUUCGGGCUACAUGUCCGGCCCACUUGCCUUUGGCUUCAAUCACUUUCUCGAUGACAUCCUUCACCCCUGUUCUUGAUCUUAAGUCUUCGUUCUUGACUUUAUCUCUCCUCGUAACACCCAGCAUUGAUCGUUCCAUGCUCCUCUGGGUGAUUGCCAGUUUCUCUCUUUGGCGGUUGGUAUGUGACCAUGUCUCAGCUCCAUACGUCAUUGAUGGCAGUAUGACAGUGUUCAUGAUCUUCCUCUUGAGACACAUGGGCAUUUUUUGAUCUUUCAGAAACGUGCUGUACUGUCCGAAUCUCUUCCAAGCGGAUGUUACUCUCUCGUCUAUUUCUUUCGCCAUCUCAUUUCCUGGUGUUAGCAGUCUUCCCAAAUACUUGUACUCAUCCACCUCCUCCAGUUGUUCUCCAUCCACAAUUAUUCCUUUCCUUCUCCUUUUCCUUGCUAUUUCAUUGCACAUGAUUUUGGUUUUCUUUUUGUUCAUUUUCAUGCCAUCUUUUCUCCCUUCCUUGUUCAGAUCGUUGAGCAGCUUGCUGAGAUCCUCUUCCUUUUCUGCAAGUAAGAUGAUAUCAUCUGCAAAUCUCAGGUUGUUCAUCCUCUCUCCAUUGAUGUUAAUUCCCGCUUCAGCUUCCAUUCUCCUGAAUAUUUCUUCCAACGAUGCUGUGAACAUCACUGGUGACAAGGUGUCUCCUUGUCGCACUCCCUUCAUGAUCUUAAUCUUUCGGCUAAGUGAUUCGUUCCGAACCUGAGCAGUGCCUCCAUCAUAUGUCUCUUUCAGGAUGUUGAUGUACUUCUCCUCUACGCUGUGUUGUUCUAGCGCCUCAAAAACAGCCUUGUGCAGGAUAGAAUCAAAGGCUUUUUCAUAGUCUACAAACGCCAUAUAAAUGGGUAUUUUACACUCAUUGGUUUUCUCGAGUAUUUGCACGACUGACUGCAGAUGGUCGAUAGUUGAAUGACCUCUUCUGUAGAUUCAAGUUAGUAAAAAUAUACUUCACACAUGUCUUCUAAAUUGAUCCCAUGAAAAGUUUCACCACUCCUUUAUGAAAAAUGUAAGGUCUUUUUUUUACCCUGCUUCCUAUCAUUCCUAUCAAAGGACAAUCAUCAUACACAAAUGUUUUCCAAAGCAAACAUGACAAAAUGAAUGUAUAAUUUUUUUUUGCUCCUUUGUUUGUAAAAUAAAAUGCUGAAUAAAAUUUUGCUGCUCUCA